CUGACCCUGACUGUUAUAGUUAGCCGUUUUGUAGGCUAGCGAGUACUUUUACAAAGCAGAUAGCGUCACGGUAACUAAUAUCUACGUUUUAGAAUCGUUUAUUAAUGAAACAAUGGACUCAAAUUCUUUAUUUUAUUCGUUGGAACUCGUUGCUGGCAGUGGAUAUACGUUAAACGUCGAACAGAGAGCUGCCCUGCAGACCUCUUUGGUGAUCCUGCAGAAAAACUACAAAUUCGAUCGAGUCUUUUUUUGGGGCAAAAUAUUGGGAUUAAAGGAAGAUUAUUUCAUUGCUCAAGGGAGAGGAGAAGAUGAAAUGAAGGACAAAAAGAAUCUCUAUAGCUUCAACUGUAUGGACUGGUUCCUGCUCCCCCCUGCCACAGACUCCAUGAGAGAGGAAGUGUCCAGAGGAGCAAAAGGUCGCUUCAUAGGAGACCCCUCACAUGUGUACGAGCAUCAUGAGAUCCUCAGGCAAGGAAAGAAGGAUGAGGAGGUCGUGACCAAAGUGAAAGAGGAAAGCAGGUUGGCCGUGACAGUUCAUCAGAUUGAUGAAGACGUGUCUGUGGUGCCUCGGGGAGCCUUUGUCAAGAGCCCACAUGGCCUUGUCCAAGUCAACCGCAGCUUUGGAGGUUUGUCUCACUCAGAAGCAAGGAAGCUCGACAACUUCCUUCAUUUCAGCAAGCCAAAGAACCUGAAGAAGAAAUCCAUCCUGGAGUUUGGUGAUUUGACUCCAGCUCUCGACUUCCUGGAUGCAUUGAGUGACGACAUCCCUAAAGGAUCGUGGAGUCUUCAGUUUGAAUGUGCAAGUAAAGUGUGCGUGCUGCGCAGCCUGCUGUGGCUCGGCCUGACCUUCUACCAUGUGCCAAUGACACCGCAGCACGGAUACAUCUAUAUUGGAGACGGGACUAAAAAUCUGGACCUUCCCUUCCUGUUAUAAAAAGUGACAUUUGUACACUUAACAAAAUCUACAAUUUUCUCAAGUUUCUGCUGGUCAAAUUCACUCUCUCAAUGUAUU